AGUUAAAAUGUUGUUCAAAAGCCUUACCAUCUUCCUGCUCAUUGGAGCCGCCUUGGGUUCCGCGGUGCCCCCCACCUUCGAGAUCACCGUGGAGACCACGCUGACCGACUUCCUGCUCCACUCCCCCGUCCUGCGCUCCGGGGAGACCUUCAACGCGGGCUGCUUCGACUACUACCUCCCAGUGAUCAAGGGUCACGCCGACCAGCUGGACGCGGACUUUGUGUUCUGCCAGGACACCUACGACAACGCCUUCGUCCUGAUCGACGGAAGCUACACCUACGCCCGCGACGAGCUCAGGGACUCCGUCCGCGCCUCCUGCGGAUCCAUGCUGCUCUGCGACGGCGAUACCACCAAUUCUAAGGCCUUCGAGUGUCUGGCCGAUAAGGGUCCUUCCAGCUCCAAGGAUCUGGAUGAUGUCUCCGACAAGGCCGCCGACCAUCAGGCCAGCCUUCUGGAGGAGGUGAGAAGCAUCAAGAAGACGCUCUCCGAUUGCCAGCUGACGGCCCAGAGGAACUACAAGGCGAACCAUGCCCAGUCCUUGGAGGAGAUGAACGGAUGCCUUGCCGAUCCUGAAUGGGACUAUCCCACCACCGUUAGCGUCUUGUGAAAUAUAGAAGUCGAAAUAACUGUGCACACGAUCAUUUAUGGCAGUUAGUUUUGUAUAUUAAAUAUAAAUAUUAUUAAUUGAAAA